AAGGGCAGAGAACCAGCAUUGGCAUCAACUUUCACUUUGACAACGGUUUGUUUUCUGCUAAGAAAAUGGCUUACCAGAGGUCCAUUUCUGUUGAUUUUGAAUUAUGUGGAAAUGUUCAAGGUGUUGCAAUGAAACCUUACACUUAUGUGGCAGCUAAUAAACUUGGAGUUGUUGGGAACAUGAUGAAUACAGAGAAGGGGACCAUCAGAGGAACACUACAGGGGAAUAGGAGUCAAGUGGAGAGCAUGAAAAAAUUCCUAGUUUCAAGUGGCAGCCCAUAUUCCUUCGUCACCAAAGCAAACUUCUACAAUGAACAUGAAGUUGUAAAUCGAGAGUUUUCCAAAUUCACCAUUGAUCCAACAGACUGGUAGACAACACGGACCACAGAAGCUGAUUUAGACUGCACAUACUGUUGUUUGGAGUGACAUUUUCACAAAUAGUCUUUCACAUUUUUUUUGUUAAUAUGUAUAUUUUUAUACUUUCAUUUUUAAAAUACCUUAAUCAGUAUUAUAUAUAUGUGACCAUAUUUAGGGCUUGUUUUCAUGUUUUGUAAAUACAUGCAUUUUGUUUGGUUUUCUGUUGGAAUGCAUUAUAAGUAUUUAUUUAUUUAUUUUAAAAAAAUCUUUCUGUCUUGUUAGUUU